AUGUUGCGUAUGAUAAGAGAGUUGGUCGGGUUGGAGGAUGAAACUGGAAUGAUGAAGACAGAUGAAAAGGGUUUCCUGCUUGUUACAUUGUUUAAGAAUGAAACGAAUAUUUUACGAGAUCGGGGUUUAUCUAUCUAUCUAUCUAUCUAUCUAUCUAUCUAUCUAUCUAUCUAUCUAUCUAUCUAUUUGUCUGUCUCGAUUUACUCAAUUUCCGGGACGCGAUCCCACUUUACAUUUCAAGAUAUCUGUUCAGGGAUUGUGAAUUUCCGCUUGGAGAAACGAUAUGACAGAUCUCUCAAGCGAUGCGUAGGCGUUUGUAUUUUUCUUCAUUUCUUUUUUCUCCUCAUUUUGCUAAUCAUUUCUCCAACUUAUAUGCAUUCACUUCAACUGUCGAUUGAAAUUCAUACACCUUGCUGUCUAAAUCUAUCUAUCUAUCUAUCUAUCUAUCUAUCUAUCUACAUGUUCAAAAUCUAUCUAUCCCUCCAUCUGUGUUCAUUAUUAUUCAAUCUAUUCGUAUUCAUUAUCUAUAUAUCUAUCUGUCCACAUGUUCCAAAUCUAUCUAUCUGUUCCUCUGUGUUCAUUAUCUUUUGUAUUCAUUAUCUAUCUAUCUAUCUAUCUAUCUAUCUAUCUAUCUAUCUAUCUAUCUAUCUAUCUAUCUAUCUAUCGUUCUAUGAAUAA